AUGUCCACUCCAGUUGACAACUCUUUGACCGGUCUCAAGGCAUCCACUGCCCAGAUCAUGGCCAUCAUCAGCAGCGCCCGGCAGAUUCCCCUGGGUAACAGCCACUUUUCUCUGACAACACAGGUCAGUUCACUUGUGGCUCAAGUGAUCAAGGACUAUGGGUCUGGACCCCUGCCCAGCAUCAUGCUUUUGUGCUUCAAGGAGCUAUUGCACGUCCGGGGCAUGACUCCCCAGGUCUGGCCCAACUGGCACAACAUCAGGUACGACAAUCCCUGUCUCUUGAUGCACGUCUGGCGCCCCAAGCUCCUCGCCUGGGAGGCCUUAGGUGACCAUACCUUUGAUCUCCCAGUUGCUGCUCCUCCCUCCACAGGUCCGAUUCCAGUGGACCUUCCCUCCCCACCCAUCUGUGCCGGCAAUGUCGCCAGUCCCUCCACCAGCACCACCACCAAGUUCUGGGACAAGGGGAAAGGUAAGGCCAUCGAUGCUGACCUGGAGCCUGAGCUGGAAGGGAGCUGGAAGAGGAAGUCUCCCAUGAUUUCGGGACUCUCCUCCCAAUCACCAAAGUCUGCAAUGAAGACUUGCAAGCAUGUGAAGUCCUCUCACUGGGUGAUGUCCAAGCCCCUAGUGGACUUGGAAGAUGAGGAAGACAUGGGUAUUCAGCCAUUGUCAGGUGGAGUGCCAGAUGUUGUCAUUCCCCGGCUCUCCAAUUCGCCUAGAUCACCCCAGGUUCCGACCAAAAAGCCCUUUGGCCCCACUACAGUGAUUGCCAGCAGUCACCUGGCGGUCAUUGAGCCCUCCCAGCCGACUCCCAAAAGCCCAGUGGAGGCACCCCCAGUCAUCAAUGGAGGUGAUAUUCUCAUUCCCGGACCAAACAACCCAUGCCAGGCUUGCACCAAGCUAAACUGGGACUGCGCAACUUGGUUGGACAAGAGGACUGGGAAUCCGUGUAUGUUGUGCAUCUGCUGCACAACAAAGAAGAUCAAGUGCAUCCCGGCGACUAUGGGUACCCUGCCGAAACAUGUUCUAGGGUCCUCUACCACCCAGAACACAAGGUCCAGGACACCCUCAAAGGCUCCCUCCAAAGCUCCCCCUGCCUCCCAAUCCAAGGCCCAGACUUGCAGUCAGUCUUGUGGCAAGUCCGGAACUCCAGGUGUUGUGGCUGUGACAACUCCCAAGACCCAGACGUGUGGCCACAGCAAGACUAUCACUGCCGUCAAGGCACCUGCACCUGCACCAGCUCAUAAGUCACCCGAGUUUUCACCUCCGUCUUCGAGUUCGGCAGUCCCUGCUCCAGCACCCGGUCCAGCAGUCCCUGCUGCAGCACUUGACCUGCCCAUGCUGGAUCUCCAUGCCAUAGCAAUUGUGAUUCAGGAUGGCACAGCUCACAUCGCCAUUCUCGAGGCUCAUGUGGCAGAGCAGGAUGGUAAGAUUGAUACCCUGCAAUGCCUCCAUGAAGGCCUUAGGUGCAAAAUCGUUGACUGGCACCCUGCAUUCCCACUUCCCAAACCUCCAGCCAAUGCAACAUCCUUGUUGCUUGAUCAAUCUGUCCCCCCAUCCAUGUCACCAUCCACAUCUGCACUCCCCCCUCUCAUUGAUCUCUUGAUUGGAGAGAUGACGCCCACACCCCCGAAAUUUGAGGAUGCCUCUGCCAUUGAAGGCCUCCUGUUUGAGUACAACCAGGUUGUUCAACCAGAGCUUCCAGAUAUGUCCAGCGAAAAUGUGGACCCAGGUGAUCCGGGCAACCUGGUCCCAGAAUAUGAUUCUUCCAAUGACAUGGAUGUUGAGGUGAAGGUUGAAGCAUCUUCUGAGGAGGUUGAUAUGGCUACAUAA